UAAACCAAAACCAAAAACAGAGCAAGCAGCCAGCAAUCAUCAAUCUCUUGUCUGUGUCCACUCAAACACCUCUCUCCAAAGCAAAGAUAUUUCCUCUCCCUUCAGUCCUCUUAACACAAGUACCUACCUAAAGCUCCACAAAAGUUGCAGACUAAGCUUUAAGUUGUCCAAUGGAAACACUCUCCAGUAUCUCUUGCUUCUCCACCUCCAACAAAUCUCCAUUUAAUAAGUCAUCUCCAAAACCACUUUUGAGGAGAAACCCACCAAAAGUCUCAUUCUUUAGAGCUUCUCCUAAUCCAGUGAGGGAACUUGCAGAAGAGGAUGUUUUGAGAAUGUUCCUCAAGGAAAGAGAAGUAAAUGGAGAUUUUAUUUCUAAAGCUUCCGAUAUGUUUUGGUUGAGAGAGGUCAUGGAGUUAGUUGAUUUUGAUGCUGCUAAACUUGCUGACAAUUCUCAAGAAGCAGAGCAGAUUAUGGAAAGUCAAGAUGAAGGGGGGUUUUUGAAACUGACCAGAACACAGGAAUGGAUAUCAGGUGCUGACUCUGCACCAAUGAAUAAGAAAGCCAUUGCAAAGGCUAUGCAAGAUGAUAGUGACAGAAGGAAGAAACUGAACUUUCUCAAAUAUGAAGCUCUCAAAAGAGAACUGAUAUUUUUAUCAGUUGGUAUUGGAACUGCAUGUACUGGCUAUUGUUUGAUUGCUUUAUCAGUCCAGGCUGCUAUUAGCUAUGCAAUUGGAGUACUUUUCAGUUGCUUGUACCUUCAACUGUUGUGCAAACAUGCAGACAACCUAUCCAGAGAAAUGAUUCCUCCAAUUUUCAUGAAAAAGAAAUCGAAGAAAAUUGGGAUAAGAAGCGAGGAUCUUAGUGAGUCGAUAGAGAGAUCAAUAAAAGGAAGUGGUAUGGCUCUUUCAUCUCCGAGGCUUAUGAUACCAGCUGCAGUUUACGGAUUGUGGGUCCUGUCUCAUCACUAUUUUUCCAAUGAUAUUUUUGAUUUCCAGAUUGUACCGGCUAUGUUUGGGAUGUUUGUAUACAAAGCUGCAGCACUUGUUCAAGUAUAUAGAGAUAAUGAAGACCUGCAGUUUCUCUUUCCAGAAGACGGGGAAAGUUCAAGUGACUGAGAUUUGCAUUUAUGUACUCAUCGGAGGUGUUCAAACGCUGCCUUUACUCUUUUCAGUCAUUCCAUAGCAGAAUUAGAUGCUAGUCGUAGUUUUCCAAUGUAGAACGAAAGAAGAUCCCAGCACGGAGACCCACCCCUUUCCUGACAUGGUUUACAGAGAAGUAAUAAAGCGAAGUUGUGAGUUUGAGGUUAUAACGCUGCACACAAUCUGGGUUCUUGUAGUAUGGCUUGGUGGAAAUUUGUUAUGUGCUCGUCUUUGAGCUCCUUGUACCUAUUGAAACAAGGUGGUUUCUGGUGAAAAAUGUUAUAUUAAUAAGUUGUCUUAUUUUGUUUUA